UGCAGAUACGGUCACAAUUAGAGUUUAAAAGCAAUUCGGUGAAAAAUCGCGUUUCCCGAUUUUUUUAAUAUCACAUAUGUUAUUUAAGAAAACGGAGUCAUAUUCGGACAACAGUGUAAAUAGCAACUUUAAAUCGGUAUUACAUUACCUAAAAUUAUCUGGAAACCGAUUCUACCUGUUGCGCAAGAAAGAAGACUGUACAACCUAAACAAGUAUCAAAAUGAAUGGCAUGAAUGGCUCAUACGAAGUGAAACAUGGAGAACAAUUAAGUCACAGAAAACGCAGUCUAGCAGUAACGGAGUUCAUCCAGGGUCUACUCACAAAAAAUGAUGACGAAACACAUGUUGUUUUCUGUCAGUUAGACACUUUAACUAAAAAAGACGAAGAAGUUAUUUGGCGAGAGUCUGCCAGAUGGGUAAAAUACGAAGAGGAUGUCGAGGAGAAUGGCAAACGUUGGUCAAAACCACAUGUGGCUUCUGUUACAUUACAUAAUGUAUUGGAGUUAAGAACACAAAUGUUCGGAGGAGCCUUGGUACUAGAUGCAGAUGUCACAAACAUUCCUCAGUUAGCUGAUCUUAUCAUCGAAGAACUAUCAAAGAACAAAACAAUAACAGAAAAUACAAAAUCUCUAAUUAGAUCAUCGUUGUUAGCGCGUCAUGUUCAUCCUCAUUUAAAACGGAGACGUAUCUCGACAAGUGAUUCAGGAGGAAAUAUAAUCACACAAUGCAGGAUGCCAAAAACCACCAGUUCUGCAGAUUUUGCCAAAAUGAAAGCGCGACAACACGCAGAAGGCAGAGGUGAAACAAACGGUCAUCUUCCAGAAUCAUCGCCUCUUGUCAAGCUUAAUAAACCUUUUAUGAAAAAGAUUCCCGAAGGGGCACAAGUCGCCAAUGUAUGGGUUGGUGAAAUAGAUGAUUUGAAGGAACCAAUCACGGCUUUCAUUCGAUUAGAUAAACCCAGAUCUAUUGGUGAUUUGACAGAAGUACCAUUACCAACUCGAUUCAUUUUUCUUCAUCUUAGUCCUGUCGGGGAACCAGGCCACAUUUUUGCAAUUGGAAGAGCAAUGUCAAACAUGAUGGUUGAUGUGAUUUUUAGUGAGGUUGCAUACAAAGCAAAAUCAAGAGAGGAUAUAAUGCAUGGAUUUGACGAAUUUCUAGAUCAAACAACAGUUCUUCCUCCCGGGCAGUGGGAUCCAGAAAUACGUCUAGAACCGCCGACGAAAGUACCAUCUCAGGAGGGACGAAGGAGGUUUGAAUCAAUCGCUGAAGAGGAACACAGCGAUCCUACACUAGUACGAACUGGAAGAUUAUUUGGUGGUCUGAUUGAAGACGUAAAACGAAAGGUUCCAUUUUACAUCAGUGACUUCAAAGAUGGUUUUCACAUACAGUGUCUCGGUGCUGUUCUUUUUAUGUAUCUAGCCACACUAACACCUAACAUUACAUUUGGAGCUUUACUAGGACAAUCAACACACCACUACAUGGGAACAAUGGAAUGUAUUGUAGCUGUUGCAUUUGUGAAUCUGGUUUUUGCAUUGUUUGGUGGACAGCCAUUGAUUAUAAUGGGUAGUACCGGACCUGUACUUGUGUUGGAAAUUAUAAUAUACACAAUGUGUCGAGACAGUGACUGGGACUUUCUACCAUUUCGAUGUCUGGUAGGACUGUGGUCAGCUUUGUUCUUACUGAUCAUAGUUGCAUUUGACUUGAGCGCAUUAGUUCGAUAUAUUACAAGAUUUACAGAGGAAAGCUUUGCUUGCUUAAUUGCAAUUAUUUUCAUAGUGGAAGCCUUCAAGAAAAUAUUCUCAAUAGCUGACACACAUCCGUUUAAUACCCAUCCAGAAAUUCCAUUGGAUUAUACAUGUUUCUGUGUCCCAAAUAAUCAAUCAAGUGUAUAUAAUAUGACCACAGUGCCAUUGACUACAUAUGCUUUCAAUUCAACCACGGAUACAAUUACAAACUGGACCAACGUACAAAGGGAAGACUGUGCCAGACUAGGAGGUGUUCUGGAAGGUUCUGGUUGUGAUACUACAGUCUAUCAUGACAAUGUAUUUUUCUUAUCGUUUAUUAUUGGUGUUGGAACCUUCGGUGUUGCAUGGGCAUUGGUGAACAUGAAGAAAAGUACAUUCUUCCCAACAGUUGUACGUCAGACAAUUGGAGAUUUUGCCGUUUUCAUAUCUAUUUGUUCAAUGGUUUUACUUGAUGUACUUCUUGGUGUUCCAACUCCAAAGCUAAUGGUACCAAAUACGAUUCAGCCUUCCCGGCCAGAUAGACCAUGGUUCAUAAGUCCAUACAGUGCACACAAUCCAUGGUGGGUGUGGUUAGCUACAGCUUUGCCAGCAUUAGUAGCUGUGAUUCUGAUUUUUAUGGACCAACAAAUAACAGCUGUGAUCAUUAAUAGAAAAGAAAACAAACUGAAGAAAGGUUGUGGUUACCAUUUAGAUUUGACAAUAACAACGUUCUGCCUUGUGGUGUGCUCAUUUUUCGGUCUCCCAUGGUAUGUUGCUGCCACAGUUCGAUCAAUGGCACAUGUUAACAGUCUCAAAAUGGAAUCUGAAUGUACUGCACCCGGUGAGAAACCUGUCUUCCUUGGUUGUAGGGAACAGCGCCUUACACCUUUGAUUAUUGCAAUACUAAAUGGAUGUUCUGUAUUUAUGACAAGUAUAUUACAACUUGUACCUAUGCCUGUUUUAUAUGGUGUAUUUCUUUACAUGGGAGUAUCUGCUCUCAGGGGAAUGCAGUUUAUGGACCGUAUGAUGCUGAUGCUUAUGCCUGCUAAAUAUCAACCAGACCAUAUGUACCUUCGACACGUCAGGAUAAAACGAGUUCACCUCUUUACAUUUUUCCAAAUCUUAUGUUUGGGAAUACUAUGGGCCAUUAAAGCUGUAAAAACUAUAUCUAUUGUUUUUCCUGUUAUGGUAUUGGGCACAUGUUUUGUAAGAAAGGGAAUGGAAAGAAUUUUUUCAAAGAAUGAAUUAAAAUGGCUGGACGAACUAAUGCCGGAAGACAAAAUGAUGAAACAGGAAGAUGAGGGAGAAUUGAUUGUAGACGACGAUGAUAUGGACGACGAUGAAGAUGAUGAUGGCCCAAUAGAGUUUUUACAGCUAAAGAAAUACAGGAAAAUUGGUUCAGUUGAACACAUGCCUUGGAAUCUCAAACAGGACAGCAAAACAAAAUAUCGAAAAGGUCCAGAUGACGAAAGCAUUGUUUGAAAAUAA